AUGAUUCCUCUAGAGUGGCGUAACACCGGCAAUAUGAUUCAUCGACGAUAUUAUCACACGGCAUCUGUUUUAACAAAUGGAAAGAUGUUAGUUACUGGUGGAAGGAAUGGUAGUUCUUCUUUAAAUAGUGCUGAGUUGUAUGAUCCAUUGACAGGAACUUGGACAACGACUGGUAGUAUGAAUGAUAGACGAUAUGUGCACACAGCAUCUGUAUUAACAAAUGGAUAUGUGUUAGUUACAGAUGGAUACAUAGGCUCUACUCUAAAUAGUUGUGAAUUAUAUUAA